UGUACUUUCAAAUGGAAUUGAUGCUCCGUUGAAUGUACCCAAUGAUGAGUCUUGGAAAUAUGAUUCAAAGGAGGAUCAAAAUGUUGUGAAGGAUUACCAGCAUGACGAGGCCCUUCAUUUGGAUGAACGAUUUCGUAUAAGAUAUGCAAUAUCUGUUAUGAGUUUUGCAGCAGAUGUGAAAGUACAUUUACAGGAAAACACAGAGGUUUCAAUGGAGAGAAUCAUGGAAAAGAUCUUCUCUAUCUCAUAUAGAGGUCAUGAGGGUGGUCGCCUUGGUGAUGCUUUAAGGAAACUCCAGGAUGUUGGUCCAAUCAGACAAGGGGGAUUGAUCGUUUUGAUAACACCGAUAACAAAAGAGAAAAUAUCAGUACUCUCACGACUGAAGAAUGUUGUUAACUUGCCACACCAUAUCCUAACGGUAGCUAUUAAGACUCCAAUCUCUGAUGAUACUCUUCAUGAUUGGCUAGAUGAAGAUGAGAAGACAGUACUUGUUCCCAGUUACAGGGAUCUUAAAGGCUUUGAAGCAUACACAUCUGGUUUUAUAUGCCAUGAGCUUAGAAAUCUGCAAGAUGCAAC